AUGAAAUUGAGAAAAAAAAUCAAAAAUAUUGUUUUUGUAGGUAAUUCAUUCAUUCAAUUCGCGUGUUCUUUUGUUUCAAGAAAUUAAAACCACAAAGUUUAUUGAUUCAAUUUUAAUUGCAAUUUAUGGUGGACUUUAUGCAUGUUCAAUUGCACUUCUCGGAGUUCAUUUCAUUUAUCGAUAUGGUUCUCUUGACAGUGUUAAAAAAUUUCGAUAUUUUGAGGGCUAUCGACUGAUUUAUUGGGGAAUGAUUCCAGUUAUAUUCACAGUUUUUUGGAGUUUCAUUGCUUAUUUCAUAUUUCCUCAAAGUUCAGAAUAUAAUGAAGUUAUUCGUGCUGAACUUUGGGAAAUAUACGGAAUCAAUAUUGAUAAUAUUUCAUACAUUGGUGAAUAUUUAUUUGAUGAAAAUAUUCAAGGAAUACAACCUAUCAUGUUUAAAUCAGUAGUUGGAUUAUUAUUACAUUCAACAAUGAUAAGUGCCUCAAUGUUCACGGUGUUCUAUUUUGGAUUUGUCUGUUAUUUGAGUAUUCGAAAAUCAUUGAAAUCAAAAUCCAAAUCUUCGUCUACAGAUAGAUUACAAAGACAAUAUUUUUACGCAUUAGUAGUUCAGGUUAGAAAUAAACUAUAUUUUCAAGUAACAUAAAACCAAUUUUAUUUUUCUAGACAGUAAUUCCUUUGAUAUGUUUAUAUAUUCCUAUUCUUAUUGCAUUUUCAUGUGCAAUAACAUUACAAAAUAUUGGUGGUUUUAGUAAAGUUGUUUCAAUUGGAAUGGCUUUAUAUCCAGCACUUGAUCCACUUCCAACUCUUUUAAUUGUCAAAAGUUAUCGAAACGCUUUGUUAAAUAUGAUUUUCAGAGGAAAAAUUAUUGGAUUAAAAGUUAGUUCGGUCAUUGAACCUUCGAAAACUUUUCAUAGAGUUUCAAUUGUCAAUAAAAUCUGA